AUGUUCAUCUUGACAAAAAUCGCCGACUUGGUGCAAAUUGCGCCCGAGGACUUCUCAAAGCGCAGCAUAGAUGCCAUUGAAGACAACAUUAAUGCGAAAUACUCUAAUAAGGUUAUCCAAAAGAUUGGUGUCUGUAUCUGCUUGUACGAUGUGCAAUGGGCAUCAGAAGGUCUUAUCGGCCAUGGCACAGGCUUGGUCAACGUGAAUGCUGAAUUUCGCAUGGUUGUAUUCCGUCCAUUUAAGGGCGAAGUCAUGAUUGGCAGAAUAAGAAGCUCUACACCUGCAGGGAUCAAUUUGAGAACAGAUUUCUUCGACGACAUUUUUGUGCCCUUUGAAGAGUUGCCAGAAGGUGCCGAGUACUCCCACAGCGAACAACUCUGGAUUUGGAACCUCGAUGACGACCGAUUAUUCUACGAUAACCAUGAAAUGGUUCGGUUCCAAGUUAUUGAUGAGGAGUGGCACGACCAAGCUCCUGCAGGACCGACCCAACCUGAAGAUUCGCCCUUGAAAACACCUUAUCGCAUCAAGGCUAGUAUGGCUGCGGAGGGACUUGGAGUCUGCCUUUGGUGGGAUGGAGCAUAG